AUGCUGCUCUACAUCACAAUAGGUAUACUUCUAGCCUAUACUAUCAUAUUGAUCGGCUUCUUCAUGGGAUGGUGUACCUUAAUUCCUACAAAAUGUCAUCCGCGUAAAGGGAUUCCCUUCAGUUCCGUUAAAUCGCCAAGGCGCAAUACGAAGUUCGUCGAAAUUGAUUCCAUAUCAUCCAGCACUUCGUUAGAUGUUUGUCGUCAAGUUCCACGCAAAUUUUCUAAAUCAGCAAAGAAAUUAUCUUUGAACGUUCCCAGUAGGCCACAGCCAUACAAAGUGAACGACUAUUUACAUCCGAAAUACUCGCUGCCACCUGUUGAUAUGGUUGAUGGAAGACUUCAGUGGGAAUUUCAUCAGUUACUACGCACACCUGGUCGAUCAGUGCGUCAAUGCUCAUCCAAUCCUCCAUCACAAAAGGUUUCCGAAUGCGAAUCUGUCGUCAUUCAAAUCAAUUAG